UGGGAGGGGAAUCCGGCCGCAUCCGAGCUCCGGGGACUGUGUGCCCGGCCUGGCGGGGCGCAUCGUGGAGCUGGUCCGUUCCUCAGCCCCGCAGCGCGACCAGAGGCCCGCCGGAGAAGUCGCAAAGGCUUCAAGAAGAAAGAGUGUGGCCCGGGGCGGGCGGAGUGGGAGGCGUCGAGGCCGCGGCCCGGAAGUGGUCGUGUCGGCGACGGCGGCGGCAGACGGAAAGGGCGACCCCGCUUCGUCCGCUCGGCGGCGACCCAGGCCUGCAGGACUCGGGGCGGCUGGGAGUGCAGUCUCUUCCCUUGGUCCCGUCGCCGGGCCGGAGACCCAGGUCGGCCCCGUCGGGCCCUGCGUGAGGCGUAGCUGCUCUUUGGUGUAAAUUGCAAUCGCUUAGGGAUCGUUUCUCAGGCUCAAGUUAGAAGUGAGAGUUCAGAUAAGUGAGGCCGCCAUUGCUGCUUUGAACACCUCAGAAGGGGAGAAUGGAUUUAUCAGGAGUGAAAAAGAAGAGCUUGCUAGGAGUCAAAGAAAAUAAUAAAAAGUCCAGCACUAGGGCUCCUUCUCCUACCAAACGUAAGGACCGUUCUGAUGAGAAGUCCAAGGAUCGUUCUAAAGAUAAGGGGGCCACCAAGGAGUCAAGCGAGAAGGACCGUGGCAGGGAUAAGGCUCGGAAGAGGCGCAGUGCUUCCAGUGGAAGCAGCAGCACCAGGUCUCGGUCCAGCUCCACCUCCAGCUCAGGCUCCAGCACUAGCACUGGCUCAAGCAGUGGCUCCAGCUCGUCCUCUGCAUCCAGCCGCUCAGGAAGCUCCAGCACAUCCCGCAGCUCCAGUUCCAGCAGCUCCUCUGGCUCCCCCAGCCCUUCUCGUCGCAGGCAUGACAACCGGCGCCGUUCCCGCUCUAAAUCCAAACCACCCAAAAGAGAUGAAAAAGAGAGGAAAAGGCGAAGCCCGUCCCCUAAACCCACCAAAGUGCACAUAGGGAGGCUUACCAGGAAUGUGACAAAGGAUCACAUCAUGGAGAUAUUUUCCACAUAUGGGAAAAUUAAAAUGAUUGACAUGCCUGUAGAAAGGAUGCAUCCUCAUCUGUCCAAAGGCUAUGCCUAUGUGGAAUUUGAGAAUCCAGAUGAAGCCGAGAAGGCGUUGAAACACAUGGAUGGAGGACAAAUUGAUGGCCAGGAGAUAACUGCUACUGCUGUGUUGGCCCCUUGGCCUAGGCCACCCCCUCGGCGAUUCAGCCCUCCCAGGAGAAUGCUGCCACCACCUCCUAUGUGGCGCAGGUCACCACCUCGGAUGAGGAGAAGGUCCCGCUCCCCGAGGCGCAGGUCCCCUGUGCGCAGGAGGUCCCGCUCUCCUGGCCGCCGCCGCCACAGAAGCCGAUCCAGCUCCAACUCCUCUCGAUAAACAGGGCCAUUGACCCUCACUCCCAUAACUUAUGUCCCACCCAUCCCAGUUUGUCCCUUCUCUGGCCAAAGGUGGAUCAGUAGGGAAGGAUCCCUCACCUGUGAGGCUUUAAAGGCAGCCGUUCAGACCUCUUUUUCUGUGGGUAGAUUCUGGCUGCAGAAGUACUUUUGAUUCAGGACUGUGCCCAUAAAGGUGCCCUAUAUAUAUAGUUCACUGGCUAGAAAGUUCUCCCAUCCUGAUCCCUGAGUCUGUUCAAUGGCAGAGCUAAGCAAGCCUUUCCAUAGGACAGCAGUCUUUCAACAGACCACCCGGUCAAGCCCUUGCUAAGCACCAUCUGCGGGAAAGGGACCAAGCUGCUGUUCUGUUAGGCCUGCUUGUGCCCCUGCUGAGCUUUCUUCAACCUCUAGGGUUCAACCUUGGAAGCUCCCAGAAAUGGUUCUGUCUAUCCAUGCCCUCACGCACACACCCCUGCCCUGUGUCUCCCUUUCCCUUGAAAUUGGUGAGCCAGCUCCACAAGAUAACCUAUUCCACCCCCAUUUCACCUGCCAUUCAUGAUGGCCUUGCAGGUUACCUUGGCAACAUGUACAUUGCUUUCUUUCAUUGUACAGUCAGUACUAUAAAUUUGAGUUUUGUAACUUUGUAGCGUUUUAGAUGAGGUUGUGUUUGUACUUCGUGUAGAGUAAAGAAACUGUUGAAUAAACAGGAUUAGAAUGCA